CCCAAAAACGAAAAAACCCCAAAUUUCCCCCCCAAAUUUUUCGUAUUUCUCUCAUCCAAAAGCACAAAUUUUGAAGACCAAAUGGCAACAAUUUCAGCAUUUUCAACUCCUUUGCAUUUAAUCUCCAAAACCCAUUUUAAAUCUCCCAAAAACCUCUUCUUUUAUCCAAAUUCUAUCCAUUUUCAGACCAAAGUUUCCACCUUUUCUUCCAAUAACUUGACCUUAUCCUUCAAAAACAGCAAAACUCUUUACGGUACUUGGAAACUCAAGUCUGCAGAAGAAGAAGAAACAGCUGUUGUUGAACAAGAACGAGAAGAAACAACUGUCGCCGAACAAGAGUCUGUUUCCCCCCAAUUUCCCCAAAUAGACAGUCCUUUUAUUUUUCCCAAACCAUUUCUCCCCCUACCCCGAUUCCCUUUAUUUUUGAAUUUGCAACAAUAUGGGAAGUCAUCCAAGCUAUCACUCAAUGCUUUUGAAUUUGUUUUUUUUUUUAGGGAAAAAGUUCAAUGCUUUUUUAAUAUUUUCAUAACUUUAAAACCCGCCAAAAGAAAAUCUUGCCAUAGCUGUAAGUUUAACCUCGUAUCAUUCCGCUCUGGAACAUGCAUCUCUCCGCCGCGAUUAACUCAUUCAAGUCCUCCAAUCUCAUCUCAUGGAAAACGACCGGUAAGCUUCAACAAACCCUAGCAGGAUGCAUCAAACUGUCGGGAAAAACACUUCAGUCGGGGAAGGUUUCGAAGGUAAAGAUAUGGCCGGGAUUCACCGGCCAAGGAAGGUACUUUGAGUUUCACUCAAAUUUGAUUCCUGCAUCCAUCGAUUUUGUUCGAGAAUCACUGUUGUGUACCUCUCUUUGCAAAGACGGAUACAAGAUUCGGACCGUCGAGCAUUUGCUUUCGGCUUUGGAAGCUAAAGGCAUUGACAAUUGUAGAGUUCAGAUUCAAAGUCUCGAUUCUGAGGAUACUGAGGUCGAGGUUCCUAUUUUUGAUGGGUCUGCAAAUGCUUGGGUAGAGGCAAUAGAACAAGUUGGCAGAAAAGAGGCCUUGGAUCGGUGUGGCAACAAUGUUGAGAAAUUGGCACCAUAUUUGAGUGAACCAUUUUAUGUUUCGAGAAAUGAUUCUUUUAUGGUUGCCUUCCCUGCUUCAAAGGUUCACAUAUCUUGUGGAAUUGACUUUCCAAAGGUAAAUUCUUUUGUUCUUUGGUAUGCUGAUUGUUAACCACAUUGAAUUCAAAUGGUAAUUGUCUCGUUAGUCUUGCUUUACCUUUUCUUCUCUUUUUCAGGGGAAAUAGGAAAACAGUUUAAGAGCUUAUCCUUUUUAACUUUUAAUCGGCUUGGAUGUGGGUAAUGUGCAACUUUUUAAUCACUUGGUUAUAAAGACAUCACAAGAGAUCAGUUUUGUGCAUAAUCUUUUUUUUUUUUGCACUUUUAGCUCAGUCGAAAUGUUUCUAAUAUGUGCUUGAAGUUGCUGUGUAUUCUAGGGGCUUUGGUGCUUUGUUGAUGUACCAUGAUUCAGGAUAAUCACUUAGUUUAGAUGCUUUAUAAAUGUUAAUCCUGUUGUAAUUUGUCCAUUGCAUUUCAAUAAAUUUAGGUUGGUAAUUUUCUUGAGCCAAAUCUUUUGAAAUUCAUUGUGGAAAUGCUUAAUGAUACUGUUUAGUUAAUCAUUUUUUUUUCAUUUGAGGUUUUUAUUGCAUUUAUGCCUAUAUACAUGUAGCUUCUGUCCCAAUUAAAACAUUGUUUGGUUUUUAAUUACAAGCUUUUCCAUGCAUAUUGACUGAGAAUGUAUGUAUGCCUAUAUACAUGCAUAUUGUGGAAAUGUUCUUCUUUAUCAUUCUUGUUUUGGGUUUUCAUUUUUUUUCUAAAUGACUGACAGCUUCGAUGCACCAUUUUUUUGAACUAUUUUUUUGCAGCGAUUGGGUUUAAUGUAGAGGUUGUACAAUACAACAACAUCAAGUUUCAAGUAUGGGAUUUAGAAAUUCAUAUGUUGGCAAUCUUUCUCUUUUCUAUGAAAUAGAGGAGAAGCUUAAGCAGGGUCACAACGUUGUACUUAUAUCAAACCAUCAUACUGAAGCUGACCCAAUCAUCAUCUCAUUGUUGCUUGAGAAAGAAAAUCCGCAUAUUGCUGAGAACAUGCUGCCGGGAUGAUACAUAGCUUGGCUAUUACUGAAGAUGGAGCAUUAUUUUAUUGGGUUUCCUCAGAUCCUCAUCUUAGAUGCCAACAGCUAUAUUCCCUUUGUGAGAAAACAAUCGUAAGCAUUUCUGCUGGUAAGUACUGGGCUACUAUUGCUACUGCUACAUGUGGGAUGGCAAGAAAAGUAUGGAAAAACCACAUUUUGCAACUCGGUUACACCGAGUUAAGGGAAAAAAGAUCCCUUAAAGAGUUGAUUUUGAGAGUUGGUCAUGAGAGAAUGUAACUUGUAAACAAUUUUCUAAUAUAGAAUGUAACUUGUAAACAGAACUUAUGUAAUUCUAAUAUAGAAUGUAAACAAUUUUCUUAUGUAAUUCUAAUAUAGAAUGUAACUUGUUUUAA